AUGUUGUGCACCAGCUGUUCAGAAGAUUUCUGGUCCAGCCCCAAGCGUGACCACUGUGUUCCUAAGAAAACAGAAUUCCUCUCCUACCAUGAGCCUCUGGGUAUCUGCUUGACAACCACCUCACUGUUGGGCACAUUUAUCUGUAUUGUUGUUCUGGGCAUCUUCAUCCAUCAUCACAGCACACCUAUAGUUCGUGCCAACAAUUCAGAACUCAGUUUUCUUCUCUUGGUUUCACUCAAAUUGUGUUUCUUGUGUUCGUUGCUCUUCAUUGGACGACCCAAAGUAUGGACUUGCCAACUAAGACAUGCAGCAUUUGGUAUCAGCUUUGUGCUUUGUGUCUCAUGUAUCCUGGUGAAAACCAUGGUGGUUCUGGCUGUGUUCAGGGCCUCCAAACCGGGUGGUGAGUCCAGUCUCAAGUGGUUUGGUGCUGUGCAGCAGAGAGGCACAGUUCUGGUUCUGACUUCUGUUCAAGCAGCGAUCUGCACUGCCUGGCUUGUCUCUUCUUCACCAGUGCCUCAUAAAAACACUCAGUAUCACAGUGACAAGAUAGUUUAUGAGUGUGCAGUUGGGUCCACAGUUGGUUUUGCAGUUUUACUUGGUUAUAUUGGUUUAUUGGCUGUCCUCAGUUGUUUGUUAGCUUUUCUAGCAAGGAAUCUUCCGGACAGUUUCAAUGAGGCCAAACUCAUCACUUUCAGCAUGUUGAUCUUCUGUGCAGUGUGGGUUGCCUUUGUUCCUGCUUACAUCAACUCUCCAGGCAAAUAUGCAGAUGCAGUGGAGGUAUUUGCCAUCCUGGCCUCCAGUUUUGGCCUCUUGGUGGCGCUGUUUGGACCCAAAUGUUAUAUAAUCCUGUUCAGACCAGAAAGAAACACAAAGAAAGCCAUCAUGGGUCGUGGCACCACAAAGUAAAACUGUCAGCACUGCUGUUUCUCUAUCAUCUGUAUUUUAGAAUUGAGUGGUA